AUGGGAGUUUUACAUUAUCUCGAAUUUCUCCUGGGUCGGCUACUCUACCCCAUUCGUGGCCAUGAUUCUUGUCAAAUCCUUCAUUGCCCGGCUUUCAAAGACCUCCCCCGAUCGAACAUGACUCUCACGGCUCCAGAAAUAGGCCCUUCUGGCUCCAAGCUUCCUCUCAAUUGUACCUGCAAAGCAGACGAUGGACGAGGGGUGCUUCCCGAGCUACGCUGGACGGCACCCAACUCCCGCGAAGAGGUGCAGGAAUACGUACUAUUAUGCGAAGACCUUGACCCCCCUAUCCCAUUCAUCGUCUUCCACCAUGGUCUUUUAUGGGCCAUACCCGCCUCAACAACCAAGGCCGGGCCGAAGGAUAUCGCACCAGGAGAACAUGCCAAGCUAUCUCGCCAGACCGUGGCUGGCUGGCGGUUUGUUCCUAAUGUGCGAGGAACGCCCUACGUUGGUGCUGGCGCUCCACUUGGACAUGGAAAACAUCGAUACGUCUUCACGAUCAUCGCGCUCAGCGAGUCGUUGAAGUUUCCAGCCCCGGAAACAGCUAGCAAGGAGGACAUCAAACGGGCAAUGGAGGGCAAGGUCAUUGGCUGGGCUCAAUGGACGGGGGUCUUUGAGAAGCCUUGGCCUCGAUAG